AGUGUAUGUAGUGCGCAUGACGCAUCCUAGAUUAUAGGAUCUGAACCAACUUCCUCGGGCCUGCGUGCCCACUUCAUGGAGUAUAUCUGUAUGACUGAUGUAUGUGGAAUCAAUCAAUCAAGAGAGCAAGUUUACUCUCCAACUCAGCCCUCACCAAUUCUUGAUCCCCGAUCUGGAAUCCGCCGCCGUCGUCAAUGGAGGGAGAAGAUAGCUUCGUACUUCCGGCCGACUGGGACAUCCCCGAAGCUGAAUGGGCCUUGAUGUCUGAGUCUACCAAACGUCAGAUCAAAGAGAACUUCGCUCUAGAAGAGGAAUACCGUCUCCGCUUCCGCAGCGCCGGCGUCGUCGUCGGCGGCGGCGGCAGCGGCAAUCCCAAUACUAAUUUCAAGAGCCCCGUCGAGUCGCACAGUGCCGCGACGGUGCAGGUGCAUUCUUCUGCUGGUGCCAGCAAGUGCAAAAAGAGCCACGGCCGCAGCGACGCUGACAAGGAGGAGGCCAAGAGGCAACGUAUGGGUGUUGAACUGAGCGGAAUCGAGAUGCAGUCGGGCGUCAGCCUCCCUCAGUUAUCCUAAAACUUGUAGAAAGCUAUGAAAAUGAUGGGCAUAUGCAGGAAUAUAUGUUGUACGACUCCAGUUUCCCCCACUUUAGUUUCAUAAUACGCCAAUUUGUGUUUAACCUGUCAAAUCUUCAGAGGCUCGUUGAUAGUCCUUAUUCUUGAAGAUUUUGUUUCUAUGAUAAUAUAAAGGCAGGAUAACUUUGGCCGAUGUUGAAAUUAGAAAGAGUAAAUCUUGAUCUGAACUGUUUAAUUUAUAUGCCUUCAACCAUGAAGUUUCUCCUUCCUAAAAUGUAAAACCUGUUGCUAAUCACACCCCCAAGUUGUAGCCACUUAUUUGGGACUCUUAGACGCUCUGUAUAUAUCUAUAAUACCUAAAUAGUUCAUCCCCACUAUCCUAUUUCUCCUUACAUGCAGCUUAUCCACGUCAUUAGUUGUGCCACAUCAGCAUUUUUCUUCCAAUCAUCAUCUAUCUAUAUGGCCACGUUGUAGGUUGUAUUAUCUGACUUAAAUAACCAGCCAAAGCCCAGCCAUACUUAAGACGGAUCAGCUGUAAAUGACCCACCAAAGACGCCUCUCCUUGAAUGUGGCGCUGCGGCCGUAUCGUCUUCAUCAGCACCAAAUCUCUUUCUAUUAAUCUGCACGCCGGCACCCCGCCUUCUCUGACUAAUGGUCUCCUCCACCAACCCACAUUCCUUCGAUCUCGACAGCAAGCUCUGUGUGAAGGAGCAGGCCACCGUAUGUCUGGCCAUGCCCGGAUCGUGGAGCCGUCGAGGUUGAGCGUCUGAGAAGCAGUACCGCGGGGUCGCGGACGAGGGAGCAUCCAGCGGAGGAUGAGGCAUCCAGUGGCGGCAUCGGUGCGAAGGUCCGUUAGCCAGUACCGGCGCUACGGAUUAGAUCGAUAGAUUUCUCUUGACUCGUGCGCUCGGUGAAGCGCCCUCCUCUCAUAUUGGCCUGGGCCAUAUUCUUUGUAUGUUUCUCUUCUCUUAAAAUCAGACCUGACAGGUUGGAGCUCGACCGCCAUGGUGAUUUGGAGGCUCGAACUCGACCCUAAGGCUGAGGGCUGGCGGGGGAGUACUCUGUUUCCGCCAACCGGGUCACCUGCUAACCCCUGUGGUAGAUCCACCACUACCUCCGAUGGCACCGCCGCCACCGUGUAAUUGUGUGUUUCCAUCGUAUGCCUUCUGAUUGCGAGCUUCCUCAUAGAGUAAUUGAACGAGGAGCGAAGAAAUUGCUCUCCCCGUGUUCUUCAACGGCCAUAUCGAAGCCAGAGGACGAAAG